AACUGUCAGAUUCGCUGUCAACAAAGUUGCCGAAAAAAUAGAUCGCAUUUUUUUUUCAAAUUUUUCAUCUUGGUACUGUAGAAACGAAAAUCGCCAUUUUGCAUGUGUCGGUUCUGAUACGGGAAAAAAUGCUAUUACAGUUGGAAAAGUGCAGUUUUUCCUUGAAAGGGUAAAGCCCUUUGUGUUUUGAACCGUCUUCUGAAGAAAUUGUGAAAGAUUGAACGGUUUCUAUCGGUAUUAUCAGUGUAGCAUCGAGCACUAGAUCGUUUGGCGAAAAGCGGUGGUGAAAAUUGAUUUUAUUAAAGCUUUGAUAUUGAAUCUGUGGCGGAUAACAUUUUGGGUUUGAUUGGUGGUAUAAAAAAUAAUUAAUAUGAUGUUCACGGGAACUAAUCAACAACAGGACACUCGCUUCAGUGACAAGGAGAAAAAGUUGCUGAAGCAGAUGAAGUUUGGCGAUAGUUUGAACAAGCGCGUGGACAUGUCUAAGGUUAAACUAGAUGUACUUCGGCCGUGGAUCAGCAAGAAAAUAACUGACAUGUUGAAUAUUGAGGAUGAUGUGAUUGUAGAGUUUGUCUACAAUCAACUUGAGGAAGAAAAGUAUCCCUGUCCUAAAAAAAUGCAAAUUAACAUGACUGGAUUUUUAAACGGAAAGAACGCGCGCGUUUUUAUGGAGGACUUGUGGAGCUUGUUACUAUCUACGCAGGAGUCCGAAAGCGGAAUACCCGCUGAGUUUAUUGAGCAGAAAAAGGAGGAGAUAAUGAAAAGGGAGGAGGAAACAAAGUUGCUGGAAGAAGUUAGGUCACGAAGAUCGCGUAGUCGUGGAGGAAGCCGCGACAGGGAUGAUCAUCGAAAAUCCAAGAAAGAAAUACGUCCUAUGUACAAACCGGAACCAGAAGAUUAUCUCGAUGACGAAGAGAAAAUGAUUGAAGAUUUUAUCGAAGCAGAUGUUCCGAUUUCAAAGGAUAAAGAGCACAAAAAACCAAAAGAGGAACCCAAAGCGAUCCCAGCAGGAGAAGCUAAUUUUUUGGAAAAGUCUCCAGAGAAAUCUCGUGAAGCUCCAAAAUCGAAUGACAAUGCUGAUAAGGGUCGUCGGAAGUCUCGUGACCGUUCGCGUUCUCGAGAUCGCCGUCGUUCCCGUGAAAGACGCUCGUCUAGAGAUAAAAAGUCUUCGCGGGACCGGAAACCUUCGCGAGAUCGAAAGCCUUCGCGAGACCGGAAGCCUUCGCGUGACAGAAAGACUUCGCGGGAUAGGAAACCUUCACGAGAUCGCAAGCCUUCGAGGGAUCGAAAGCCUUCACGAGAUCGUAAGGCUUCACGAGAUCGGCGCAGAUCAAGAUCACCUCGUCGUUCGCCAGAUCGUUCUAAGAAGCGCAGUCGUUCGCCGGAUCGGUCUAAGAAUCGAAGCCGUUCACCGGAUCGGUCUAAGAAUCGAAGCCGUUCACCGGAUCGGUCUAAGAAUCGAAGCCGUUCGCCGAAAGACAAACGGGAUCGUGAUGUUCGAAACAGUGAUCGAAAGCGCUCUAGAAGCAUAUCUAGAACUAAAAAGAAUGAGCCGCGUGAAAAACCAACCGACAAUGGAGCAAUAUCAAAGUUACAGUCAAAGCUAAUGAACUUUGCAGAGGGUAAAAAAAUAUCUCCUGCUGUCAAGCGUCGCAGUCGCAGUCAGUCGACAUCACGCUCCCGGUCCAGAUCCCGAUCGGUAAGCCGAAAGAAGAGUGCCAGCCGUUCCCGAUCCCGCUCCAGAUCAAAGUCAAAACCAAAAGUUGUUAAGGGAAACAGAAAAUCGCGUUCACGAUCAAAGGUUUCUCCCCAUAGCUCUGGUUCUUCGCGUUCAUCCUCCAGUAGCCGCAGUGGCGAUCGCAAGAAAAAAUCUGCGGUUGCAAGCGUCGGUAAGAAACCACGUAACGGUAAAAGCCGUAGUCGUAGCCGUAGUCGCAGUCACAGUCGUCGGGAUACUUCAAGAUCGAGAAGCCGCUCCCGCAGUAGUAGAUCCUCGUCGCGUCCGAACAAGACGGCAGAUUUCGAAAUCCAAAAGAAAGAAAACAGUAUCCAGAAGAAACGUCACUAUCGAUCAAACAAGGACUCGUCGGACUCGGAGUCAGAUCGUGGUGGCAGAGGUGGCGCUAGGAAGGGCGAUCGAGGCCGUCGUUCUCCAAGAGGUAGAAAGGACCGUUCCAGAUCCAGGAACCGUUCCAGAUCACGCAACCGCUCACGUUCCAGAAAUCGUUCCCGCUCACCGAGGCGCUGGUCACGUUCACCCAGAGACAACCGCGGACGAUCCAAUCGCGAUAAGCCACCUGCUGGUGGCCGCGGGACUGGAAGCGCUAGAGGAGGUAUAGGUGGAAGUGCACCGAACAGUGGUGGUGCGGGAUGGCGUCAAUCACCUAAACGAGGAGGAGGAGGAGGAAUGGGAGGAUCCGGGGGAGGUCGAGGUGGUGGAGGUGGUAGCGCAUCCGGAGGUUAUCCACCAGCACCAUCCCGCCAGAGAGCUGAGAGUCCUUCGCCUCGUGAGUAUAACAACUACAACCGGCGUCCAUCACGGGAACGGCAGGGUAAUCAGUGGCGUCGCUCGGAUGAACUGCAACAAUCUGGACGACCCCCGAUGGGGCCACCUGUUUCGAGAUUUGAUGACAGGCGUGGUAGCACAAACAAUAGUCAACACAGUAGAGAUAGCAGCAGAGAACAAACUGACACCAGACGAAAACCAAUCGAGACCAGACCCGCUUGGAGCGACGAAAGAAAACCCACCACAGGCAAAGCAGUGGAUACCUUAGAUUCAGGAGAAUUAUGGGAUGAUGGUGCCAAUGCUCCACCAGCUAGCGAUUUGAAAUAUAGCAAAGAGAAAAAAGACGAAGUUGACUAUGAGGAUACCAAGAAGGUAUCCAAAAAGCAGGAAACCACCAAAAAGGAAGAAUCUAAUAAGAAAGAAGAUAUUAAGGUAGAAGAGAAGAAACCUGCACCAAGACCGAGAUAUAGCAGCAGUUUGUCGCGAACUCCUUCGCCUUUCUUGAAACCACACGAACGGGCUGCUGCGGCGGCCGCUGCAGCCAAUGUUGUUACCAACACUGCAAAAACUGCCUCUGCUUCCAACAGUCAUACUUCGGUUGGAAGUGUAACCUCAAACAAGGAGGACAAAUCUGCCUCUAAGGUUAGUGCUGCCCCAGUCGUCGCCAAUAAGUCAAAGGCCAAAACCAACACCAACAAUAAAAAGGAUACCAGUGACAGUGACAGUUCUGGCAGCAGCAGUGAAUCGGAAGAGGAAACAAAGUCCAACAAGAAGAAAAUAAAGAAGAAGCAACCCAAGAAACGAAGACAUUCUUCAUCAUCUAGCGGAGAAGAUUCGUCUAACGACAGUGAUCAACAGGAGGAGCCACCGAAAAAAUCAUCAAAACAAGAGGCUGCCUUGGCACUACAGGAGGAACGCAAACGUGUCCUUAAGUUGGAGAAAGAAAAAGAGGCAGCAGCUGCAGCUGCUGCUGCUGCCGCCGCAGCUCAAGCUGCAGCCGCUGCUCAAGCUGCCGCCGCUGCCCAGGCUGCCGCUGCGGCUUCUGCAGCUGCGGCAAAGGCACGCGAAGAAAGUGAAAGGAAGCGUAAGCGUACAAUUAGCUCCGAGUCUAAAAAUGUCGAAGACAAAAAAGUCGCACCGAAAGAAGUCAAGAAGAAAAUUGAAAAACCUUCUUCCUCAUCGUCAAGUGAUUCAGAAGCCGAACGUCUGAAGAAAAAGCGUCGUAAGGAGAAGAAAAAGAAGGAGGUUUCCGAUGGAAGCUCAUCGGAAUCCGAUGGCACCAAGAAAAAGAAACAUAAGAAACACAAGAAGCAUGCCAAGAAACACAAGAAACACAAGAAGCAUAAGAAAAUUAAGAGCAAGAAACGUGACAGCAGUUCGUCGUCGGAUGAUGACGAGAAUGUGCGUGGUCCUGGCGGACCAGCCAUCAAUGACGAUCUGGAGAAGCAGUUGCGCGAACGGGCUUUAAAGUCGAUGAAGAAACAGCACAGCAAUUCCGACUGAGAGCGACGGUGGUUCCGGUAUGGUAAGGACAAAUUUUACUAAUUGUAGGUUUAAGUUUUAGGGUAUUAUGAUUGUCAACGAUUGGGGUUUUCAACUGUUUACAAAGAACAUGAUUGUAAUGUUGAAUAAUAAAUUGAUAUUCUACUUCCUAGAAUCGUAGGUAUUCGCGCCACUUUUUUUUUUAAUUUUGCUAUGAUGCAUUCAGUCAUUUGGGUAUAUAAACACAUUCUUCAGUUAUCAUAUGAAUGUAACGUCUACUACAGAGUAUCAGUCCUGCCUCUUUAUCGCAAUAGUUCCUUUCAAAAUUUCAUUAGAUGUUAGGUUGUUUAUGGGGAACACAAAUAACUCGUCUAGCGAAGCAACACGAUCGUAUGCUAUAAAAAUGUUGAAAUAUCUUUCAAAUAUUGCAGAUUUUGAGGUAUAGAAUUGGUAUACCAUUUCAGCAUCCUGUACAACAUUAUUGAAAAACAUAAUAAAUAUUGAAUACGUCGAA